UUUUUCUUUUUUUUUUUGCGAUAUCCAAGUUAUAAUGCAACUUAUGCACUUGCGUUAUUUAAUUAUGUUGAUGGUGGAAAGCCUGGGAAAUGUUUGCUGUUUUUGACUGAGUUAGACGAUGCAAAAGAAGAGCAUUUGUAUUUUCUUCACUUUCCCACCAAUUGUCUUUCUUUUUUUUUUUUGUUUUUGGUGUGUUUGUGUCUUCUUCAUCUUCUCUUUCGUCUUCCCUUCACUUUUUCACGGUUUAACUGUGGCUGAGUGGGUGGCUGGGUGGGUGGGAGGUGAACCUCUUAAAGUACACCCCAACUCACAUCCAUCGAUCAGUGUAUUUUGUGGCGUUUUUGUGAAUGAACACGAAGAAAUGUGGCGGUUUUUGGUGUUUUUUGUGACAAUUUUUUUGGCGGGAAACACAUCAGCCCGUCCAGAACCACCAGUUUCCAAUGGAUAUCAAUAUAGUGCCCCAGCAACGUCCUAUGGUGCCCCAUCAACACGAUACGGUGCCCCUCAGGCACCACCAGUCAUCCACAAACACGUCUAUGUUCACGUACCACCACCCGAACCCGAAUAUGUUGCCCAAAAGAAGCCAAUUGUCCUGCCACCGCCGCAGAAACACUACAAAAUUGUCUUUAUAAAGGCCCCAACGGCCCCAACCCCAACAGCACCGGUACUACCGGCCCUGCAGCAAUCCGAGGAGAAGACCCUGGUUUAUGUCUUGGUAAAACGACCUGAUGAACAACCGGAUGUUGUUGUACCGACUGCAGCACCAACGCAACCAAGUAAACCCGAAGUCUAUUUUAUUCGGUACAAAACCCAAAAGCAAGAUGGCUAUCCGGAAAGUAUUCAACCUGUUCCGAGUACAUCGUACGGAGCUCCACAGCCUAAUUCGCAAUACGGACUACCUCACUAAAAAAAACAAAUAAAUAAAUAAAAUCCUUCCAAGAUUAAAAAAAUGAAUUUGAUACCUCAAUAAAAUGCUCUUAUUAUUA